AUGGCGAGCCGCUCUAAGGAAGUCAAAGACGAACGCUCAAGCUUCAUUUGCCCCCUGUGUAACAAAAACUGCAUGACACAGCACCAGUUCACCAUGCAUAUCAGACAGCAUAACACAGAUAGUGGGGGCACUGACCACUCCUGCAGUAUCUGUGGGAAGGCUUUGAGCUCAGCCAGUUCUCUGGACCGCCACAUGCUGGUUCACAGUGGAGAGAGGCCAUACAAGUGUGUGAUAUGUAGUCAGACUUUCACUACCAAUGGGAACAUGCACAGGCACAUAAAAAUUCAUGAAAAAGAUGCAAACAGUAUUCCUCCAUCCAGUUCUUCCCAACUAAACACCCGUCGACGACUCCCUAAGAGGAAGCCUAAUGUAGAGGAUGAAGUGGAGCAGGCUGAGGAGCCACCAGUUAAAAAGGUGAUGUUGACACAAAAGUCUGGAGAGGAUGAUUCUGUUAAGAGUGAAGAAGAGAUUCUUCAUUGUCCCAUCUGCUUUAAGACAUUCAACUGUAAAUAUGAUCUGGAAACACACAUAGACACACAUCCUGACACUACACUCAGGUGUAACAUUUGUUGCAUUACCUUUCGCACACAUCGUGGUCUUCUGCGUCAUAACACCGUCAUUCAUAAGCAGCUUCCCACUGACCCCUCUGGACGACCCUUUAUUCAGAAUAACCCCUCUAUCCCUCUGGGGUUUGGUGACUUGGCUUUCAUUGACUUCAGCUGUCAGAAAUUUCCCCAAAUUGCACAGGUCUGGUGUGAGACUAAUUUGCGCAGAUGCUCUAGCAAGUUCCACAAAUUUGUUUGUGAGGACUGCAACAAGGCCUUCCCUAUUCAGCAGUCUCUUUGUCUCCACAAAUCCUCACACAAAUGUAGUGCAGACACCUGCACUGAACCUCAGGAACAUAAUGCAGAUGAUGUUAUGGAUGCACCCAAAGUUAACUCCCAUUUCACGGAUUCCAAGGAGGUCAAUGAACUAGUAUCACAUGUUGAUAGAACCAGUUCAGAUGGGAAAAACUGUUUUAUGGAGUGCCUGGGUCUCCAACGCUCCUCCUUGGUCAAGCCAGAGAAAUCAGAAGAGCAAAUUCAACAGAAAAUUUUAGACAGCAUUCGCUUCAUUCAUGUUGAGACACCUUCAACAAAUCUACCUCAAGAAAGCAGCAGUGAUCCCAGCAUCUCAAUUUUGGAACCCGUCUCACUUCAAGCCGUGAACAAGAAUGCCGCCCUCGGCGUCCUGUCUCUACAGCCGCUCCAUGGUGUCGUCAGUAGUGGUAUGUUUGUCCCAAUAAGUGGUCAAGCUGCGGUGGAGCUGGCAGACAUUGAACAAAUCCUUAAGCUUGCAGCCUCUGUGCCACCUCAGAUGUCUUUGUCCUUGCUUGCCAAAGGUCUGGGCAGUCCUCUGCAGGUGGACCCCAAACAGAUUGCUUCUCUGAAGCAAAAGCCCUUAAUCACUCCUCGAUCCAGCAUGGGUGCCUCCACACCCCCUCCGCCCAUCAUGAAUGCCCAACAGGCCUCAUCGGGCAAUAUCAGUCCUAGCCUUCCACCCCAAACAGGUCAACAAGUGAGAACUGCCAGACAGUCAUCAGCCUCCACUUCGUCCUCAACCUCGUCCUCUCCUACCAACUGGGAGACUACUCAACUAGGGCCAGAUGUCAUAGGAAACACGAUAAUCUCAUAUGAAACUGGAAAGCAAGAGGAGUUUGACGGCAAAGAGAAAGAAUCGAGAGUUGUGGGCAAGAAGACAGCCAAGACCGAGUACCCUUGUCGGUUCUGCAAAGAAGUUUUUUCUUUCUUAGGUGGCCUCCAGGCUCAUAUGCGUCACCAUCUGGGAGCGUCACCGUACCAAUGCACCAUUUGUAGCUACGCCGCUCCUGACAAAGCGACGCUGAUUCGACAUUUCAGAACACAUAGCGGUGAGCGGCCAUACAUCUGCCGCCUCUGUCACUACCCUUUCACUGUGAAGGCCAACUGUGAGCGUCAUUUGCGCAAGAAACACAUGAAGAACACCCGCAAAGACAUAGAGAAAAACAUUGAAUAUGUAACCACCUCCUCUAGUGUAAGUGGUGUAAUUGGAGGCAGCACACUAGACCUCCUUGAUACAGCCGGUGCCGGUAACACAUCUUGUCGAUUUUGUGGGCAGGACCUUAAGAAUUACAGAGCACUUCAGAUUCACCUGCGAACGCACAAUGGAUGUCAGCGGAAGCCAUUUGAGUGUAAGCAAUGUGGAGCGGCGUUUCUCGCCAAAAGGAACUGUAUUCACCAUUUGCUGAAACACCACCCAGAUGUUCCAGAAAGGGAAAUUGAAGAACACAUCAAAAGUCUUGUACCGGUUGGAGGAGAGGCCACCACUCAAGCCAACCCUCCAACCUCAAAUGGGCUGGUUAACAGCACCAUUCCUCAGAAUGUAGGUCCUUUCUCUGGACCUGUUGAGGACCAGGACCAGCCUUUAGAUUUCUCUAGCAAAUCUCAAAAAACGAUUGCCUCAAAUGUUAAACUUGAAGGAACAGCAUCUCCUCUGUUUAACGACUGCUCUAUGGAGCCCAUUGAUCUCUCGAUACCUAAGGAUCCUGAGAUGAAGAGAAUGAUGAAAGAACUGCCUCAGAGCAUAUCUCUGAAUCAUCAAGACAUCAAGAAAGAACACACCCUGGAAACGACCCCUGGUCUUCUUGCAGCUCUCCCAGUCUCCAUUUCAAGCCUGGCCUCUGCUCUGUCCAGUGACCUUACUAAGCCUUUUACUCGCUUAAAGCCAUUGCUACCCAAACCAUCUUCGGUUUCCAGUACUGAAAUGGCACCACUGGCCUCCAUUGCGCAGAUCAUCUCAUCUGUGUCAGCUACUCCAGUGUUGAUCGAAACAGGAAUAGAUGGCAAAAACAGUGUUAGUGCAAUGGAUUUUAAUACACUAAGUGAGAAGAAGGGUCCCUUAAGCACCACCAAACUGGAUUCCAUUCAAAAUGGCUCUUCUGAUAACUCAAAGAAGAGAGGCAAGAAGAGACCGUUUCAGGAGGAGAUCUGUGAUCCGAGAACACCAGCAGGCUGUGGCAUCGACCUGGAGUCAAGUGGCGAGUUUCCCAGUGUGGAGAAAAUGCUAGCUACCACUGACUCAAAUAAAUUCAGCCCCUACUUACAACCCAGUCAGAUGGAGCCAAUGAAGGAGGAGAAAGAGAAGCAGUCCGUCAAUGAGGAGGCAAAAGAGGGACGAGAGGAUAAGCCAAAGAAACCUUCACAGAACAAAGGAAAGAAGAACGCUUAUUCGAAUUCAGUGCAGAAAAUGACCUGCCCAUACUGCCCACGUCUGUUCCCUUGGGCCAGCUCAUUGCAAAGGCAUAUGUUAACACACACAGGUCAGAAGCCAUACCCUUGUCCUCAGUGUGAGUCAUUCUUCUCCACCAAGUCAAACUGUGAGCGCCACCUGCUCCGCAAACAUGGAAUAUCUAAUCGGACUCUUCAAAACAGUGGAUCUCCACCCAAACCUAAGGCUGAUGAAGGAUCCCAAGGAAGCACUGGCACUAUUGAAGAGAGUGGAUCUGACACAGAACCUCCUGUAGCCAGAGAUAUUGUGGAUCUGAGCUCUGUCAACCCCAAACAAGAGGAGAGAGCUUCAUCUCCGGAACAAGCACCAGAACAAACAGGACAAUCAGCCACUGAACAAACAGACAGCAGCUCAGACUCAAACCAAACACACCCUGAGAGAGUAGAAAAUAAUGAUGAUGACUCUCAAAGCAAUAACAAAAAUAAUGAUGAUGACUCUCAAAGCAAUAACAGUCUUGAUAUGAACCUCGCUAAAAUGCUUGUAGACUUCAAGCUUUCUGGAGUGGAGCAGCACCAGCCUAAAUCAACAGCUGAACCAGUUUCUCCACCGGAUGAGUUCCCCCACACCUGUGUGUCCUGCAAGAAGACCUUUCGCCAUGCAGCCACUCUCAGCCGGCACCAGAAAACUCACAUUCAGGAGGUCCAGCCAGAGGAUGGAGGCAAAAAGGGAAGACGCCAACCUGCUCCUCAAAGCCCAGUCACAUCACCCAGAAAGGAGAUGGAGCAGGAUGCAAAGUUAGAAGAUGAUGAAAAGGACGAGAACAGCAGCUGUGUGGAAAGUGGUGCCGAUGAGGAGGAGAAGGAGAGGGAAGAGAUGAGUGAUGAUGAAGAAGAGGCUGCUUCCUCAGAGCUCAGGGCUUUGGAAGAGGAGGACGUCCCGGCUGGAGGCAAAACCGAUAAAAGGAAGAAGAUCUGUGCUGUGUGCAGCAAACGUUUCUGGAGCCUGCAAGACCUGACCAGACACAUGCGCUCACAUACUGGUGAGCGACCUUAUAAGUGCCAAACCUGUCAUCGCACCUUCACCCUGAAGCACAGUCUGGUGAGGCAUCAACGCGUCCACCAGAAACCCACAGAUGAAAAAGGGACAGAUGAGGCAGAAAUUAAUGAAGAAAUGGAUGGAGAAAAAGAUAAUGGAGAAAUGCUGGAGGGAAAAGAGGUCAGAUGUUCAUCUGGAAGUCAAAGUGAAGCAACAGCUCCAAUCCAGAGUGAGAAUGAAUGUGAAAAAGCAGGAGCACCCCAAGAAGAAGAGAGCGAAGGACACAUGGAGGAAAUUAAGGAGAAGCAGCACCCUGAAGAUACAUCCGUGGAGAUGGAAUCUGCUGAAGAACCUGACAAAGAACCUCAGUCAGAUGGGGCUGAACAGGAGGAGCAUCAAACGUUAGUUGCCUCAGUAGAGGGCCAAUCAGGCUGUGACCCAGAACAUGCAAAAAUCAGUGUCCAUAGCUGUAUAGCAGCUCAGGAAGUGAUGGAGACACCCGAUCAGUGAAGAGAAAAUUCACUGUUGAUUUUGUGCCAUAGCUUAUCAAACUUCCACAAACACUAGGAGUUACAAAGCCUGGCUUUUGCCGAUAUUUGUCUUAUACAGUAUGCAUGACAGAUGCAGACUGGAGAACAGUUUCUGAAGCACAGUGAUUCUUCUCUUGAUGCCUUAAUGCUUUUUUUCUAAAGAUCUGGAUCAACACAUAACAGGACAGUAGCAAUUUUAAUCCUAUUUAUAUGAUUUUUAAUGAAUCAUAUAAAGACUUUAUAUCAAUAAAUUAGAAGCAUUUGUAUGAUGAACAGAAGUUUUAUAUAUCAGCAUUAAAUUGUAUUAUUCUUAAGUCAGUUUCUGUGUGAGAGCUGAAGUGCCUGACUCAUUUUCAUUAUCAAGAUUGGCUGAAUACACAUUUUGGAUAAAAUUGCUGUUUAGCUCUGUCAUUUUUAUUUUGGGUGAUCAUCAGCCAAUCAGUUUAUCGGCAAUAUUUGCCUGUUCUUUGUAUAUUAUCCUCCAUCUUUGAGUCUCAUUGACAAAUGAUGCAGACAGUAUAAAUGGCUGGAAAGCUUGAAGCAGUGCCUUCUGGUGGCGUAGUGUGAAGUAUCCUAUCAUAAGGCCUGUGCAUCAGAGAGAAGAGUGCUUCUGAGAGUCAAGCAGUAUGUAUUUAAUGUCAGUGUGAUUCAGAGUACAUUAUAUGUAUCUUUAAAGUGUGAUUUGUGUUUGCCUCCUUGGUUUUGUGUUUGUACUGGAAAUCUCCCAAGGAUUGACUUCAACACUGGUGUUCACACUAAAAAUCAAUUUAUCUGGUAGAUAUCGGUUCUAAAAGUAUCUAAAAAGGCAUCUAAAAAGUAUCCCUCAUACUGGUUUAUGUAGAAAGGAUUUCAAUCUUCCCUGAAACAAAACAAAACAGAAAUACAGUUUUACACUAGUUGUUGCAAUAGAGUGACUUGGAUAACCCCUGAAGCCCAACACAACACUUCAUUUGAGAUUUAGUCAAUUUGGCUGAAGUCCUCUCAGUGGCAAAAUGUUUGCUAGUUUGAUUCAUUUUGAAAGCUGUGAGUCUUUGGAUUUAAAACCAAUUUAAACAUUGUAAAUGAACUGGCCUUUAUAUUUGUUGAAAGUUAAAAACGUUUUCUUUUUUGUGUGAGUGUAAUGAUGUUUGUACUUGUAAAUUUGUACAAGUGUGUGUGUGUGUGCGCCCAGAUAUAUGGAUCGAAAACACUGAACAUGCUAUGCAGGUAUUUAUUGAUCAGUCUAAAGCGUGUGGUUGUCAUUUUGAAAAGCCAUGUAGAAUCCAAUUUCUGCAACGAGGAGAAUCCAAAAGAUGAAUGUUGUUGAAUUUUGAGAUUGUGAGGUUCUGUAUGUUUUCAGAUUCUUUGUACAUUCAAAUGCUUUAGAUUAUUAUCUCUUUUGUGUGUCUUUUUGCUUGUCAGCUAAUGAAACCUUCAACCACUUCAACUAUCCAUUCAUUUGAGAGCAUUGAACCAUAGAGUAUAAUUUGAUGGGUGUGACAAUAUAGUUAUAAAAAUAUUGAUUUUGCAUGUUAAUCUAAUUUGAAUUUCUCAGUUAUUCUCUUUCUCAGGGGGUUUUCAAAACCACCAUCUUUCUGUGUAAUCUGUCUGGUGUAUACAGUUCAAACUCUGUUCACUACACUACAUUUAAGCAUUUGACUGAAUUUGGUCAAAGUAUGCCUUAGCCUUAAUUGUACCAAAACUUUUCUGCAAAAAUUGGUAUUGUAAUUUAUUACGCUAUCAUAAUCAGUGACCAUGUUUGUCAGAUGGAUUGCAAAUAUUUGUCAGAUCAAUUCAGAUGCAGACAACUCAGUGAUUUUUUUGCCUUUUUCACCUUGCUGUUCAACCCUGUAAAGCGAAUAAAACAUCCAAUCAAUAAAUGCUCACUAAG